AUGCUCUUUGUGCUGCAUGUGAAGACGCCUCCAAUCGACUUCUUCGAGCAGCUCCAUUUGCAGUUUCAGAUAUCGGACUUUUUGCUGGUACUAGAUGAAGGCCCAGGCACAGAUAUUUGGUUGGAGUUUUCGCGUCAGGCAUUCCAGCUGGGCUACAUGAGGCUGCUUUUCCUGCAUAGAUCAGAAAACGCAGCGCUCUACGGAAUGCGUUUGUUUCCGCAACUCGAGAUCGAGCGCGCUGAUGUGAAUACGUACGUUGAACGCCGUAAUCGCUUGACAAAUAUGAAAGGCUUUGCGAUACGCGUCGCGGUCUACUCGAACCCACCCCGCUGCCUCCUCUACAAGAAUAGUGAGGGCAAGCAGAAGUAUGGUGGUUAUUACUUGCGCUUCUUACAACAUUUUGUGGCUGUCCACAAUGCCAGCUUUGUUCCUGUUUACACUCCCAACGAUUCGCCCGGACAUUGCAUUAGGGCGUUGCUCUCGAAGCAAGUGGACCUGUGCGGCGACUCACUGGCUCAGGGAUCGGACAAGAGUUUCGUUGUGACCAGGGCGAUACGAAUGGCAUAUGCCAAUGUCAUGGUACCCUAUGCCAAGCAGCUGAGUUCCUAUCGUUAUAUUGUGGCUCCAUUCCACCCGACGGUCUGGAUCUGCCUGAUCGUCUAUAUAACUCUCAUUGUCUUCUUCAUGAGCUUCAUCCACUGGCAGCAGCGGAGACGCUGGAUCUUUAGCACCUUCCUGCUGGACGCCAUCAGCUCGUUGCUUUUUACGGGCUUUUCGCUAAAGCAUCUGCAUGGACGAGAGCGCUAUAUACUCUUUGCCGUGCUCUUCAUAGCUGGCUUCAUCUACUCCACAUUCUAUUUGGGAUAUCUGAAGAGCAUAUUGACCACGGAGGUAUUCGAGAAGCAGAUCAACAGCUUUCAGCAGCUGCUAGAGUCCAACAUCAGCAUCAUGAUAGAUGAAUAUGAUCGCAACUUGUCAAGGAGAUACCAUCUGCCGGAUAUGCUGUGGCCAAUCAUACAGGUGGUGCCUGAUGAGAUGCUGAAGAAGCAUCGCAGCGGCUUUGACCAGGAGUACGCCUACAUUCUCUUCAGCGAUCGCAUGGAGCUGUAUGACUAUGCACAGAAAUAUCUGAGGCAUCCGCGCCUGCGUCGCAUGCCCAUCAACAUAUUCUUUCUGUUCUCCGGCUUCCCGAUGCGCGAGAGCUACUUCUUGAGGCAGUCGCUAAGUGAGGCCUGGGCCAAUGCCUUUGAGAGCGGAUUCCUGAAGAAGCUGGCAGUGGAUGCCGACCACGAGACGAUGACAGCAAACGUGGGCUUCAGAUUCCUCGUCACUGACCAGUACGAGGCGCAAUCGCUGAGUCUCGAUUAUUUCGUUAUGCCGGCCAUGUCGCUGGCCUUCGGUUACGGCUUGGCUCUGCUCGUCUUUGCCAUCGAGUUGACGGCCUGGCGCAGGCACAGGCAGCGUGCCCACAACUUGGCGUUGAUGGAUUGA